AUGCACCAGGCGCUGCGUAUAGACGAGAUCCUCCAGCUCAUCUUUGACUUCUGCAGCGACCUUCCGGAUACUCGGCCGAGAUGGACGUACGCCCAGCUGGCACGAUGCUGCAAAACUUGGACGGAUCCGGCGUUGGACAGGCUAUGGAGGAGGAUGGAUGGGCUUGGGCCCCUCCUCGCGCUGCUCCCGACGAUGGACGACGAGCCCACUGUAGACGUGACCCCCUCCUUCGAGGCUGCCGCCAAACGCGUCCGGCAAAUCUUGCACACUAAGAGCUCCACCCCGUCGUUCAGGUUACCAGACGGGUACGGACCGAACGUGUUUCCCAACCUCGAAGCCGCCACCCUCUCCCAUUCAGGGUGCCUGAUCCCGCACAUCUGGAGGACCUCCGAGCGCAUCCAGCGCGUCUCUGUCAGCCUGAGCUUCUCUCGCAAAGAGACCGAUGCGCACAUCAUCGCUUGGAACGACGCCGUGGCGAGGUACCUCGAAAAGCUCCGCGUGUGCGCCCCGCACUUUCACUGCCUGCAAGUCCGGGGGAGCAUCUCCGACUCGCUGAACGCGACGGUCGCGUCUCUCAGCCAGCUCCGGAGCCUCACCAUCCAGAGCAGCCGUUUCCUCACGAGCAACACCCUCGCCGCCAUCGCGACCUUCCCCGCUCUCCGCAUGCUUGAGGUGCACGCCGAUCACAUCCGCGGGGAAGAGUUUGAAGACUGUCUCUCCUCCCUUCACCCAGACGAUGCGGACGCGAUGUCCUUCCCUGCGCUCGAGGAGCUCACGAUACGGACGAGCGGGCUCCUCCUCACCGUGCUCCUCACCCGCCUACCCGUGGGUGUCAUGAAGAAGCUGCACCUCGACAUGGUUAUGGACGCGCACCCCCGCACAGACAUGAAGUCCGUCCUGGAGCUUCUCGCGCAGAAGGCGGCAGGGAGCCUGCGUGACCUCCUCCUCGACGACCGCACGGAGCGCGACUCACUAGCUGCCGUUGCUGACCCUAACGCGAACGCGGAGGAUGCGACGUCUGACGCACACUCACAGCGCGGGUACACGCUCGACGACCUCGCGCCCCUCGCGCGUGUGCGCCAGCUCCGGAGCUUCGUCCUGAAGGACGCGGACCUCGUCGAUGGUGACUUGGAGGUGCUCGCGCGAUGGUGGCCUGAACUUGAGCGGUUGGAGCUCGGCGCAAACGAGGACGUCUGCCUGAGCGAUCACGAGCACGAGCACGACGAGGGUACCAGCCAACAUGGGUGCAAGACGCGGCUGUCGCCCGCGGCGUAUGCACUCGUCGCGCGGUCGUUCCGCUUACUAGAGAGCUUGAGCUUGAGCGCGCCCCCGCCACGCGCGUUGGAAGUUACGACGUUCGUCGCCCAGGUGACGAGUCUGGCGGUCGGGGACGCGCGGGCCAUGCCAGGGUACACGGCAGAUGCGGCUCCUGCGGUCGUGGAUGCGCUUUUGGCGAUCUUCCCGGCUUUGAAGAGAUUGGACAGUCCUGAUACGGAAGUUAUCGAGCGGUUUGAGACCGCUUUGGCUGAUUCGAGGACAUAG